AUUUCAAAAUGGCUGCAGCUGGAAAACUUUAUUCAGUGAACUUCGAAGUAUUUGGCACUGUUCAAGGGGUUUUCUUCAGAAAGUACACAAGAACGAAAGCCUCUGAACUGCGUCUGGUUGGAUGGUGUCGCAAUACUUCUAAAGGAACAGUGGCUGGCAUAGCACAGGGACCUAAAGCAAAACUUGAUGUAUUAAAGGAUUGGUUGAGAUAUAAAGGAAGCCCUCAUUCGCGCAUCACCAGUGCCGUGUUCAGCAACGAAAGGGAGAUUGAAACCUUGGAGUUUGUGGCCUUCACUGUCAAACACUAGUAACCGUGAGACACUAGACUAUCAGCUGUCGUAUUCAUUAUACAUCACCUCACUCUCGUGUGGUUAGUCACAAUUUGUCCGGCACGAUUUCUUGUCAUCUGCCAUAAGAUUGACACGUCAUUGCUGUGUUUGUCACACGGUUGAGGGAUCGGCGAGAAUUUGUUGAUAGGCACGAAGCGCCGUUCCUUCCAACAACAACAACCGCAUUACGUGAUCGACACC